AAUCGGUCUUCUAAGAGAUCGUUUCUAAAAGACGGCUUUUAAAUGACUCAGCACACACUUUUGCCGUAAUAAUAUGUGGGAUCUAUGUAAAAAGAUUUGUUGGACUGUAGGCUCUUACUGCACAUGGAAAUGCUAUUUAAUCAUGGGCAUCGCAACGACAAUCCAACGGCAACUUGAUUCGUUGAUCCCUUAUAGCAUGUAAAGGAUUUGAUAAUAUCAAGUAGGUAUUUAGGGUAUAUUAAGGAGCAUUGUGAGAUAUAUCAAUAGGUAUUUAUAGUUAUCAAGUAAGGAUUUGAUGUAUAUUAAUUAUGGGUUUGAGAUAUACCAAACAAAUAUUUGGGGUAUACCAAGUAAAUAUUUAAGGUUGUCAAAUAGGUGUUUGAAAUAUACCAAGUAAGUAUUUGGGAUAUAUCAAUUAGGCAUUUAGGAUAUACCUAGUAAGUGUUUGAGGUAUGUUAGGUAGGGAUUUGAAAUUACCUAGUAGGUUUUGUGGUAUACUAAGCAGGUAUUUGGUGUUAUCAAGUAGAUUUUUGAGGUAUAUUAAGUAUGAUUUUUGGUAUGUAAAGUAGGUGUUUGAGGUAUAUAAAGUACUUGUUUCAAGUAUGUCAAAUAGGUGUUUUCAGGUUUACUAAGUAGAUGUUUGAGGUUUACAAAAAUUAGCUAGGCGAUUAAAAAUACCUACUGAAACAACUUCAGCAUGCUAAAAAACACCUACUUGACAUACCUGUGAACCCCUACUUGACGUAUUCUAAAUGCCUACUUAAGGCAUUCUAAAACCCUAUCGAGUAAGUGUGUAGUUACACUACAUUUUCUAUUUCUUAAUACUCUAUAGGUCGGCUCAAGUAGAGCCGUCUCUCACAACAAUUUGUGGAUGUUCCGAAGUAGAGAGAACCAGUUUACACGACAAACAAUUUUAUCCAUCACUUCGGCUAAGCCCAAGUCUUAAAAGUCAACCCAAAGGAAGAGUUAUUUAGAACAUUUUAAAAUUCAAAACUCAAAUAUUAAAAGAAAAACUUUUUAUUAAGAUCAUUUCAUUAUGUGAUAAUUUAAUAAAGACUCGCUUAAUUUUUGUUUUCUUAAAAAUUUUUAAAAAAACAUUUUUUAGUUAUUUGUCGUAUAAGUUUAACUUAAUUAGUUUUAUUUUAAAUAUAAUUAAUUUGGAUUGUUUGUAUGAUCUCGUCUCAUUGUGAGAUGAUUUUAUACAAGACUUGCUGUAAAUUAAUAGUGAUUGAUGAGUGUUAUUAAAAAAAUCAAAAGACAUACAUCUUUUAGUUUUUAAUAGUUGAUACAAUAUUGUUUUUCACGCUAUCCAAUACAUAAACAAUACAAUUUUAAUCAACAUCUUUAAUUUCAUAUGAUAAAAAGUUUUAAAAAGUGUUGUUUUUUAUAAAGUUCUAAAAAGUUAAUAUUAUGAAAAUAUGUAUUAAAAUGAAUCAAACAAUUAUAUUUCACUCGAUUGCGUUAUCAGACUUCUAUAUAGAUCAGUACUUUCAUGUCAAAUGCGUCAAUUGAUGAACAAUAAUAAUUAUAGUAACUACUAACUAUAGCAAUUAUUAGAGACCAGAGAUAGUAUUUGAUCCCAAUGGGAUGGAGAAACUUUUAAAAAAAUUGUUUUACAAAAUCCCAAAUAACAGAAAAUACGAGGGUAUAAUUGUAAAUAAAGAAUUUGAGGCACCUACAAAUUUCUUAUUUCCUCCUUCCUCGUAAAUUCUCACACUCUUCUCCUUCUUCCAUUCCCUCUUAUAACUCGGUAACCAUUUUAUUUUAACUCACCACCGAUUCGACUCAUUUCCGAGCCAAUAAAAUCCAUGGCUAUGGAGCUCACCUUCAGAGGCCACGAAGUUCAACUCCUUUCGGACGAGUACUAUCCCAAACCACCCAAACCAUGGCACAGCGUAACUCGUCCGAUUCACUAUCUCUUACGCGAACAACGACUCGUUUUCCUCCUCCUCGGCAUUGCAAUCUCCACAUUGGUUUUCUGUUUCUUUCCUUCAUCACCCCCGACGUUAACCAAUUACAACAUGCACGAUUCACUCGUUGGAGAAUCGUUCCUCACGGCUGAGCCGACUCGGUUGUUGCCACACAGAGUGAGGGGCGGAUUUAGAUCGGGGAAAGUCACUCUAGGGUUGAAGACAAAAGGAUUGAGAAUAGUUGUGACGGGUGGCGCGGGGUUUGUAGGAUCUCAUCUCGUAGACCGUUUGAUUGCUCGAGGUGAUAGCGUGAUUGUAGUGGAUAAUUUUUUUACUGGAAGAAAGGAGAAUGUUAUGCAUCAUUUUGGAAAUCCUAGAUUUGAAUUGAUUCGACACGACGUCGUUGAACCUCUUUUAUUGGAGGUUGAUCAGAUCUAUCAUUUGGCUUGCCCUGCUUCCCCUGUUCAUUACAAGCACAACCCUGUCAAGACUAUCAAGACAAAUGUGGUGGGAACAUUGAACAUGUUAGGGUUGGCAAAAAGAGUGGGUGCAAGGUUUCUUCUAACAAGCACAAGUGAAGUUUAUGGUGAUCCUUUGGAACAUCCUCAGAAAGAGACUUAUUGGGGCAACGUUAAUCCCAUUGGUGUUCGAAGUUGUUAUGAUGAAGGAAAGCGUACAGCUGAAACAUUGGCCAUGGACUACCAUCGAGGUGCUGGUGUUGAGGUGAGGAUUGCUAGGAUUUUCAACACAUAUGGUCCUCGGAUGUGCAUUGAUGAUGGCCGUGUUGUUAGUAACUUUGUUGCACAGGUCCUAAGGAAGGAACCAAUGACUGUAUAUGGUGACGGAAAGCAGACCAGGAGUUUCCAGUUUGUUUCUGACUUGGUUGAUGGUUUGAUGCGCCUUAUGGAGGGUGAACAUGUGGGUCCUUUCAAUUUGGGAAAUCCCGGUGAAUUUACCAUGCUUGAACUUGCCAAGGUUGUUCAGGAGACAAUAGAUCCAAAUGCAAGGAUAGAAUUUAAACCAAACACAGAGGAUGAUCCUCACAUGAGAAAACCCGAUAUCUCAAAGGCUAAAGAGUUGCUCGGAUGGGAGCCUAAGAUCCCGCUCAAUAAAGGUCUGCCUAUGAUGAUUUCCGACUUCAGGCAGCGUAUUUUCGGUGACCAGAAAGUCGGAAACACCACCGCAUUUUAAGCUCAAUUUUUCUUUAUUUUUUUUGGCUUACAUGUCUGGCAUAUACUUACAAAGAUAUCUUUCGAUGAGGUAGAUAUAUUGCGUAAUGAUUAUAAUGAUGAUUAAUUUAUCUCUGCACCAUUCUCCUAACACGGCAUCUUCCUUCACAGUAUACCAUCUCAAGGCUCAACUAGUUGCAGAUUUGGCCCCAAAAUUGCUUCUCUUUUCUGAGAAUAGAUAUGUAGAUUUUACUAUAGCCUCGAGUAUUUUUAUUAUUGAAGACUGUCCUAAUUUUUUUUUAUGGCUGAUUCAUUCAUUUGUAUCCUCCAUUAUACUACUAUUGAUACUCUGUCUUUUCUCAUCUUGGAAGAUAAAUUUUGAAUUAAUACCUUCUUAAACUAUAUACUUCUUUGUCCGGGUUACCAUGUGAGUUUUUCUCCUAAAUAAUACAAAAUGGAUGGAACAGAGGAGUGUUGUUCCUCACCAUUGAAGGUUGUUGACAUUCAUUGCAUGAAGUCUCUUUGGCACUUUUUAUAGACAUGCAAUUGCAUGUAAAUCAUUGGUUUCUUUUUAUUACAAGAAAUAUUAUACGGUUAAUGAACGUUAAGUAAAAAGCUUCAUAUCCACUAGCAAAUCCAUGAUACUAGUAUAAAGUGUACUGAAUAUCCAUACGACCAUACAUACAAUACAUGUAUGUUGAACCAACUCAAAUGUCAUUUUUGCAUACUAUAUAUAUUAUACAGCUUGAUAUUAAUCAGAUUUUUAAUCAAAUAAGCUUAGCCAUGUUGAUGUGGGCUAGAGCUUUAAGAGUCCCUUGCCUAAAAGAUCGAUUAGAGUUUUUUUAAUAAACCUAAAUAUUCCUCAUCCACUUAAUAUAUACAUUUAACUAUUAGCUUAAUAAAAACCCAAGAAUUAGAGUUGUAUUCUAAAAAUGAACCGGUC